AUGCACGAUGAUCAAUCACUCCCUACCGACAAAGGCGACCAGCCCACCAUGAUCACCUUCGACAACAGCGGCGACGGCCCGCUCUGCGUACCUGGGUUUGGCACGAUCCCCCUGACAUACGAGCUCCCAUCUGACGCGCGCUUCGCCCACGGCAUCGACGAGUGGCGACAGGCGCCCGCCGUCACCGCGCGAGAGCUGGCCAUGACCGCCGCCAUGAACCGUCUGACUGACCAGCCGAACUGGCAUAUCGACGUCUUUGAUGAUGGGGUCGUGGCGCGCUGGCGGCAAGACAGCAUCGCCUCCCUCGCGAUGAAUCCCCUGCUGAGUGACCGGGCAUGGGCCUGGUGCGUCCAGGAACUGCGCGAUAAGGCCGGCGAAUAUCGUCAGAAAGGACACAUCCGGGUGCUAGACACGGGGUCCUGUGUUUGCAAGUCCGACUUCGAUGUCCCUGCGCGAGGAACAGGGGAUCAGCUGGCCAGGAAGUUCCGACGGGCCGUGAGGCCGGUGCUCCGCGCCCUCAGGCACUCCGGGAUGGUGGAUUGGCGGUCACGGCAUCGAUUGAGUAUCAUCGACCCGACCUUGUUUCCUCUGGUCUAUGGGCGGAGCUUGGUCUUGACGGAUGGGGGUCGAGUGGAAAUCGGGGAUGUGUUGGGCGCGUACCAGGGAGCGGCUACUACCGUUGCGCCUACUCAUGUGGACAAGAGGACCGAUGCGGCGGAUAUUCAGAGGCAGAUUGACGAGGCCCGGGAUGUGCAUGUCGAUUAUGAAACAGCGCCUCACUAUCGGUGGAGCGCAAAUUACCAGGCUCUACCAUGUGAAGUGGAGUUCACCGGCGAGCCAGGGUCAACGCAGGUGCGUCUCACAUCGUACAUCAACAAUCUACAUCCGACGCACAAGCACCUUUACCAGGCAAUAGAGUCGCUGGUUAGCCGAGCUAUUCCAUUAUGGAACGACUGUCUGGUACGGGGACAGCGCGGCUGGAAGGAUAUCCUGAAUCAAGGCCAGCUGGGGCCGGUCCCAGUACGGAUCAUCACGUAUGGAGUCGAAUGGGUGAAUGAGCUUCCGGAGUGGUUGCUCGCCUUCCGGGUCCCAUGGCCAGUAAGGAAGGCAAUGUACCGCAAAGCACGAGAAGCGCUUCUGGAUAGUGCAGCAGAUGACACGGACGAGGGCCGCAAAAAGCACCGAGAGGCGCAACAACGGCUGGAAUGCUUUCCAGACGUGGAGGAAAACGAAGAGAAGGAGUUGCCGCCACCCGAGUCAGACCUCUGGCAACGCGCGAAGGAGUAUCUCGAGCUCCCUGAGGACGGGUCUGACACUCCGGUUCCUGCCCCGGACGACUGGCAGCAAAACACUUGGUCCAAGAUCGAGGGCAAGCUCAAGCAACUGCUACGCUUCUGUCAUCCAGAGCCGGGGACCGCAUUUUCUUAUGAAGAGUGGAAGACGGCGCGCCACAACGAGAGAGCUGUGGUGGAUCUAGUCCGCGAGAGGAAGGACUGGUAUCAUAUUCCCUAUAAGCCAGUCAUACCGCCCCACAAACCCUAUACAAUUCGACUCCAGGAAACCUUCCGUUUGCAGGGACUGCAGAUUAUUGUCAAAAUGGAAAAUAUUGAGCUCACCCCUGACAGUCGGGUCUAUAAAGGAACGGACUGGCACAUGGAAGGCCAGCUCAACGAACACACUGUUGCUGUUGCUAUGUUUGUAUACGAUAUGGACAAUAUUACUGAACCCCGAAUCGCCUUCCGUCAGAAUACUAAACUAGACGAAAGCUUCUAUCGAUACAGGGACUACAAAGAGCAAGGGCGGGAGCAGCAGUGGCAUAUCAGAAUGCUGCCGGCCUGGAGAUGUGGCAAAACCACCUGCUCGGAUUUGAAUGAACUGGCAGAGAUCUUAGGAUUUUCAAACUUCGACCUCGAUACCGAUAAUCACACAGCACGGACAUGGCAGGAUAAAGGUGCAGUUUCGCUCUCGCAAGGGCGUUUAGUCGCAUUUCCCAACCUUCUCGAGCACCGAGUCGAGCCCUUCUCCCUGGCCGAUUCCAGUCGCCCGGGGCAUUUUCGUUCCAUCACAUUACACCUGGUUGACCCGCACUAUCGAAUCUGCUCCACCCGCAAUGUGCCGCCGCAGCAGCAUCACUGGUGGGAACAAGCAGUCGGGGAUACACUGCGCGCUGCUGUCCGACUACCCCAGGAGAUUAUUGACAAGAUCAUGCAAGAUACCGGCAGCUGGCCUAUGGGUUUGCCGGAAGCGCGACAGCACCGCCACGCAUUCUGGAAAGAGCAUCGCUGGAAUAACCUGGUCAGGGUGGAUCGGAUGGAUUAUCCGUACUUCAAUUGUUGA